AUGGGGAUGUUAUUCAGCAGUGGCAAAGCAUUCAGAGAAGCUGUCAGGAAACAUGCCAUCCUGCACCAGAGAGGGGUCAGACUAAGGAAGAAUUUAGGUGAUAAAAUUAAGUGGAUCUGUCAACCAGGCUGCAAGUGGAAAUGUUAUGGAAUCAGACAACAAAGGUCCAGCAAUAUCCAAAUCAAGACUUUGCAUACAACACACACAUGCAACCCUACUUGGGUCCAAAAACAAAUUAAUUCAACAUGGAUAGCUGCAGCUUAUGAGCAUGAAAUCAGGAUGAACCCUGAAUGGGCUGUAGCAUCAUUUCAGGCAAAAGUGAGCAUUAGGAAGGCCAAGGCUAAUAUCAUUGGAAAACAUGAGGAAGAGUUUAAGAUGUUGUAUCAGUAUGCUAAUGAAGUGAACAAGGUGAUGCCAACAUCAACUAUCAAGUUAAUGACAGAGCCAGCAGAACAAGGCAUUGAGGGGAGGAGGUUUAAAAGGUUCUAUGUAUGUUUAGGACCUUUGAAAGAAGGUUUCAAAGAUGGAUGCAGACCCUUAAUAGGGUUAGAUGGAUGUCAUCUAAAAGGACCCUUUGGAGGCAUCUUGCUCACUGCAGUUGGUACGGAUCCUAAUGAGGGUAUGUAUCCGAUUGCUUGGGCGCAAGUUGAAGCUGAAAACUCAAGUAGUUGGGACUGGUUCCUUGGUUUAUUAAAGGAUGACUUGGGGAUAGAGAAUACGGGAACUUAUACCUUCAUCUCAGACAGGCAGAAGGGCCUAGUCACUGCAUUUGAGACACAUUUUUCAGAAUCAGAAUUUAGAUUUUGUGUCAUGCAUCUAUAUGGUAACAUGAAGAAAGAAUUCAAAGGGAUUGGGGUCACUAGACAGAUGUGGCUUGCUGCAAAAUCCACCACUGACUAUUUCUUUAACAUCAACAUGACAACCUUGAAAUUAGAGUUAAACAAGAAAGCUUAUGAGUGGUUGGCAGCGAAACCUAGAUCACAAUGGUCUAGGUCAGGAUUUAGGGAAAUCUGCAAGUCGGAUACUUUUGUCAACAAUAAUUGUGAGGUCUUCAACCAUGCACUAAACAAAUAUAGAGACAAUGUGAUUGUGACAUUGUUUAAGAAUAUACACAAAUCAUGUAUGGCAAGAAUUCAAAAAAGGAAGACAAAAAUGGAGAAAAUGAAUGUCAGAUUCUGCACAAAGACCAUGAAGAAACUUCAAAAGUCCAUAGAUUUAGCCUCUAAAUGCUCUCCUGUUUGGAAUGAUGGGGACAAGUACCAUGUCACAAUGUCUGUUGGAGUGGCCUGCAUCUACUUCAGGAAAUUGGAUCCUUUGGACUUCAUACAUGACUGCUACAGAAAAGAGACCUACUUGCAGGUGUAUGGUCAUAUCCUGGAGCCCAUUAGUGGAGAGCCCUAUUGGGAAGUUACUGAACAAGAAGGUCCUCUUCCUCCAAUCAAAAGAAUUGCACCUGGAAGGCCCAAGAAGAAUAGGGACAAAAAAAAUGAUCAAGUGCAAACAAGGGCAAAUGAUCCAACUAUGCUCAAAAGAGUAGGCACCAGUUUAAAAUGUGGCCACUGUGGCCAGUGGGAGCAUAAUGUCAGAGGCUGUCCACUAAAGAAAGUGGAUGAAGACAGAAAAAGGAAGGAAAAACAGACUGAACAGAGUGAAGAGGAAUUGCAACAAAAACUGGCAGAGCUUCAACGAGCUCAAAAUGAAUUGUAUGCACAAAAUCAUCCCAAUCCUUCACCAACAAAGUCACCAAGAACCAAGGCAACUGCAAGGCUCCAUCCCAGAUCAACCCCUUUUCAGUUUGCAAAGCCAGUUGCAACACACGGAGGAAUUGUAAAGCCCUUUAAAGCACCAGCUCAAUCAGGGCCUUCAGGGGUGGAAUAUUUUCAGAAGGAUGGGAAGAACUAUGCAACUCUUGGACAACUGCAAGCUGCAUUGAGGAAGGGGAAGAAGUAG